AUGACCUAAAUAGACAACACCGAUUUUAUCAAAGAACUCAAUGAAAAAUAAGUUUAAGUUUUUUAAAAAUUUAAAGACACAGUUGAGGCACAGUCAUAAACUACAUUCACAGCUCAGAUGUCUGAAGAAAAUAAGAAAUUUUACUUAAAUUAGAACGAAAUUAUCCGCAUUUUAUUAGCACGUGAUUUUGAUCCUAAAAAAUCAUUGGAGAUGUGGAAAAAUUGGGUUUAAUGGAGAGAAUAAAAUAAGCCUGAGACUAUUAAAGAGCAGGAUAUUGUCGAGGAACUUAAAGCAGGAAAAGCUUUCUUGACUGGCGGCUACGAUAUCUAAAAGAAUCCUAUAUUAGUAGCAGUUUUUCGUCGCCAUAUACCAGGAGCUAUACCAAGAGAGACUACUGAAAAAUUCUUUAUUCAUUACUUAGAAGAUGCAUUAAAAAAGGCCAGAUAAACUGGAUCUGGACGUGUAACUAUAUUUGCUGAUAUGGUUGGAUACUCUAAUAAGAAUUUCUCAACUAAAGAUUCAGAUCUCAUUAAAAAGCUUCUCUCUAUAUUGCAAGAUAAUUACCCCGAAAGUUUGGGUAAGCUUAUUGUGUUUAAACCUACUUGGCUAUUUAAAUUUGUUUAUGCAAUCGUUAAGCCCUUCCUCUCCAAACGUACUAAAGAAAAAAUUGUUUUGCUAAAAAAAGAAGAAGAAAUUUUGAAAUACAUUUCAAAAGAAGAGUUGUUGGCUGAAUAUGGAGGUACAAGUACCUUUUAAUAUGCCUAUCCUCCAGGUUCAAAGCCACUGAAUGUUUUAGAAGGAAAGGUAGAAAUAGUAAACGAAAAACCUGAAAAUGGAGAAGAAGCAGAAGUAGAUUAGAAUAUUUUAGAGUGA